AUGGCAUCCCAUGAUGAUAUCAUGCUGGAAGUGAAUGCAACUGAUAAAUCAGGUGAUGAAAAGACUGUCCAUCAAGACUUGAAUGCAGAGCUCAGUGCUGCUACAGAUAUCCAAGUCUGUCGCAGUCAUUCCAUUGAAGAACAGUCUUGUGCACUGUCUGGCAAUGAAGGCACUGUAGACUGCACUCAUACAGCACAUUUGGCUGAUCAAGGCAAUAUGACAAUAUUCAAAGCAGGUGGUGCCAGUCCUCACCUGAACAGUGACACAAACGGCAUCACCCAUAAGCACAUAGAAUUCAAAACAACAUCUACAGAUAUGUUUAUUAAGAAAAUGAUGAAUGACAAUGAUGAGAAUGAAAUUGAAGAUGGACCAUACCUGUACAUUGUCAGAGAAGACAUCAAAGAAGACAACCUUAAGCCUAUUCCUGUGGUAAUCGGACAUGCUCAUUCAACUUGGCUACAUACUAGCUUGCAGGACAGCAACUGGCCCGGAACAGGGAAAAGGACAGCACCAUUUUCUCUGGGUAAUUCAUGGCCAUUACCUGCUGAGGAGAUCCAAAUUCUGACAGAGGUGUAUGCAUAUGACCAUGCCAUAAAGGCCAUAAAGAAGAGGAACAAGUCCAUCGGGAAUAAUAUGACCAUGUAG